AUGAACGGCGAGUUCAUCUUCCCACGAGGAUCUAAGAUCCUGGUAACUGGCGCCAAUGGAUACAUUGCCUCGCACGUUAUUUCCAUCUUGCUCGACCUCGGAUUACAUGUUCGCGGGACGGUUCGCAAGCCCAAGCCUUGGUUGGAGGAGUAUUUUCGUCAAUCUCACGGCAAGCUGGGCAGCUUCGAGACGGCUCUAAUUCCGGAUUUGGAGGCUCCCAAUGCUCUGGACCUGGUGCUAGAAGGAAUCUCGGGCCUUGUGCAUCUAGCCAACCAUAUGUCCUUCACAGACGACACGAACGCAAUCUUGCAGGCCCAAAACAUGAAUGUGAAUAUUCUAGAAAGUGCGAAGAAGCACAAGAAUUUGCGGCGGGUUGUGCUGACCUCGUCGUCGUGCGCUGCGUUCUACCCUACGGUGAAUAGAAGUCCUGCCCCCCCCGAAAUGCUGGCUUUCGUUGUGCACGGGGCAUGCAAGGUGCAGGCUGAGCGAGAGGCGUGGAAAUGGAUGGAGCAGAACCACCACCCAUUUGUUCUGAACACGGUUCUCCCCUAUUGGACGUUGGGGAAGAUCCUGCAUCCCGAAAUUGGCGGAUCGAGUAUGAGCUGGAUGAAGAACAUUCUUCAGGGUGACACUACAGCGUUUCAACUUCCGCCUCAGUGGUUUGUCGAUGUCGAAGACGCGGCGCGCCUACACGUGGUUGCUCUCCUUUGUGACCAGGUACAGUCCGAGAGACUGUUUGCCUUUGCCUCGCCCUUCACCUGGGCCGACAUUGCUGUCUUGCUGCGAAAGCUGCAGCCAGACAACCCGCUUAUCCCGGCGCCUCCCAAGAACGAGGAACGUAUCUGGAACCAGAUUCCGCCCGUGGCCCGAGCCGAGGGUCUUCUGCAGGAUGUGUUCGGGCGAGCAGGAUGGACACCUCUAGAGGAGAGUUUGGCAGCCGGUGUGCGAAGCUUUACUUGA